AUGAAAGAGAAAGGAUUCAAUCAAGACUACAAUAAAUUAGAAAAUUAUUAUUUUGAACGCCUCACAGAAGUUAUUCAGAAUAUUACUUCAGCGUCACAAAGCAUGACACCGGUGGUAUGGCAGAAUGUAUUUGAGAAUGGAUUCCGAGGUAAUGACAAUGCUGUCAUCAAACAAGUACACAAUAAUUCCAACUGGGAAGCUAUCACCAAGUCAGCCACAUCAUCUGGAUACAGAGUGAUCAAUUCAGCGUCUUGGUCAAAAGUUGUUAGGAAUUCCGAUGAUGCAUAG